AUUCGAGGUUGAUAGCCGUCUUCACUGACUGGAGCCAAAGCAAUGGCGUCCGUUCACGUCAGGAGGCUUUGACUUGAAUCGAGAUUGGCCUGGUGUGAAGUGUACCGGCCCAAUAGAAAGGAACGAGGGGAAGAAUCGACGAGGAAUCGAUAAGACAAUAGAAAGGAAUAAGGGGGAAGGACAAAGGAAAGACCAAUGUCUACAUUUCAUCACUGGGAAAAUCGGCUUCCAAUUUUGAAGUUGAUAGUUAGGGAGUUUUUGGUCAUUUUUGUUUGGGUUCUUUCCCUUCUUUUCCGGUUUGUGAUUGACAAGGUUGUCACAAAUCCGAAUCUGGUUUCCCACGUAUGGGAGGUUUAUAACAUACUCAUAGUCAGAUGCGCCUGGGCUCUCAGUGUUUUUAUGGGGGGGAACGUUUACCUCUUUCUCAUUGUAAUGGGAAACAAUUGGGGAUGAACGAUGUCAGCCUUUGUCCUUCUCUCUUAUAUUAGAUUCUCGCAAUAGAAAUGAUUCUUAUAGCUGAACAUAAGUGAAUGAAAAAGCGUGAGGAUAAUUCUAAACUCGAGAUGUUAGAAGGUGCGAAAUCAAUGGGUGCCGGAGCUGCUACAAUUGCUUCAGCGGGAGCUGCUGUCGGUAUUGGAAACGUCCUUAGUUCCUCGAUUCAUUCCGUGGCGCGAAAUCCAUCAUUGGCUAAACAAUUAUUUGGUUAUGCCAUUUUGGGCUUUGCUCUAACCGAAGCUAUUGCAUCGUUUGCCCCAAUGAUGGCCUUUUUGAUCUCAUUCGUAUUCCGAUCGAAGAAAGAAGGAAGGAGGCUAGUCCCCGAAAAUGCCCGUUCUCAAAGUUGGGGUUCAG